CACACACACACACACACACACACACACACACACACACACACACACAUCCAUCCAUACACACGUACACACUCGGAAUUUCUGCUCAGCCAUGGCUCCCUGGUAGAUGCUAAAAGCGGCUGUUGUCAGAGCGAAUUAAAUCUGCACUAGGUUGCUGCUUUCCUCCUGACCUUGCCUGCCUCUGCUUGGGUUUUCAAUAUUUUAUUCAGGAUUCCUCCGCUGUCUCCCCAUGGCUACAUCAGAUGGACUAGACGGCUGUCUGCAACGAGGCAGAUCUCAAAGUGACCCGAACAUACUCACCGAACCGGGUAUCGAUUUGGCUCACGGCACAGAUCUGGUUGACCAGCAGAGGGUGCUGAGGACCGGCUGUCUGGUGUCUGGGGCACACAGUUCACCCAUCCGACGUAACAGCAAGCUGGCCACUCUGGGGCGCAUCUUCAAGCCCUGGAAAUGGAGAAAAAAGAAAAAUGAGAAGCUCAAGCAGAGUUCCACAGAUGUAGCAUUAUCCAGCAGUCUUCUAUGCCACGACCCAAACUCCCCCAUCCAAGGCUGCUGCUCGGACGGUUCGGUCCGGCUCGGAGGAUUUGGGGGAUCUUUGAACCACAACCUCACAGUCAGCAGUGUGGAGUAUCUCGGUCCUGAUGAGGAGCUGCCCCCGCCUGCUGACCCUCCCCAGGAUUGUGAUCAGGUCGAGGAGGACGCAUCAUUACCACAGGAGGAGGGAGACGAGGAGUUGCAUUUACCCGGGGGGCUGCAGGAUGUGGGAGAGCAGAUGGAGGAAAGACCAGAGGAAGAAAUCCCAACCUUAACUUCUCCACCACAAGUACCUCCAAAACUUUUGCCCCAGCUGAAUACAGUAGAUGACUCAGGCCCUGUGUCACUCCCUACGCAUCUGCCAAACUCCUACCUCCCUAAGGAGCCUCCACCCAGGGCCUCAGAAAGCAUGGCUUCAAUGACCCUGCCGCUACGAGGGCCCCUUGCCAACCCCUCAGGGUCCCCACAUAUAGGAAACGUGAUGCACCCUCCUAUGCCCCCUAGCUGCAUUAUGGAGGAGCUACAGAGAGCCUUUGCUUCCAAGAAUAGACAGGAGAGUGUACAUGACGGGUGUGAGCAGGGCUCACCUCCCAGGCUGUGGUGUUCUGAUGGUCGGCUCUCACGCUCCUGUAGCUCAGAGAACCAACACAAAUCAUCUUUGGUGGGGGUCUGUAUGGUAAGCGGAGGGUCCGACUGGCCCAAGAAGGAAGCUGAGGAGAAUAAGGAGAACAUGCGGCUGGACCAGUGCUUCUCCAACACCUCAGGCCUCCCCACAGACCUGGACGGCUGGAAUGAUUCUGUCAUCUCUGGCACACUUCCCCGCAGGCUAAGAAAGGAGCUGCUGACUGUCAAACUACGAAACAGACCCAGCAAGCAGGAGUUGGAGGACAGGAACAUCUUCCCAGCAAGGAGCGACCAGGAGCGCCAGGAAAUCCGCCAGCAGAUUGAAAUGAAACUUGCCAAGAGGCUGAGCCAGAGACCGAAUGUGGAGGAGCUGGAGAGCAGGAACAUCCUGAAACAGAGAAACGACCAGACAGAGCAAGAGGAGAGGAGGGAGAUCAAACAGCGGCUAAACAGAAAGCUUAACCAGCGGCCCACAGUAGAUGAACUCAGAGACAGAAAGAUUCUGAUCCGCUUCAGUGACUAUGUGGAGGUGGCCAAAGCUCAGGACUAUGACAGGAGAGCAGACAAGCCCUGGACUCGGCUCUCAGCAGCAGACAAGGCUGCCAUCCGAAAAGAGCUGAACGAGUUUAAAAGCACGGAGAUGGAAGUGCACGCCUCCAGCAAACACCUCACGAGGUUCCACCGGCCAUGAAAGUAGGGACUUUCUUCUGUGAAGAAAUGCUGAGCUUGGAAAAUUUACUGGAACAGCUCGAAGCUGCUCAGUCGGGACAGUUUAAAGAGCCUGGAGCCUCGUGGCCUUCAGCGUGUCUUUAACAUUCUUCCAGCACCCUCGACUAUCAUAGCAUCAGUAUGAGAGCACGGGUGUGGGAGAAGAUGAUUUGCGGCAGUGUGUCCUGGAGACUGCUGGACGUCGCCUUAUGGAAGCUGGCUGGUGGAAGAGUAACUAUGGAGGAGCCUCUGACUCUCAGGAUGAGAGUAGAGGAAGAAAAACAAUCUUGUCAUUCAGUCAGUGUUUCUUUUUGUACUAUUUCAUGGACUCCUUUGACAAGGCGGUGUGGAUCUGUGUAGUGGGAGGAAGUUGUGCAUGUGACCAGCUUCACCUUUUCUUAAAUGAAGAAUAAUGUGUCACUUGGACUAUGUAAAGACUGUGCAGUCUGGGGGAGAGGGUAUCGGGGUGAAUUUGAUAUAAACUGUACAUACAGUAUGUCAAUCUGAAUGAGACCAUCAGCGUCUUCACUGAAAAGAGAAAUACCUUUGCAAGCACUACUUGUCUUCAAAAUACAAG